GAGUGGGAGGAUACCGUCGACUUUGCUAUCCAGCGCUUCGACGAGCUCCCCCAUCGCCUCUUUGGCGUCAACCAGCACAUGAUCAUCAACUAUGAGCUCAAAGAGGCCCUGCGCGUCAUGCUGCGCCAGUUUAAUGCGCCCAUCGUCUACUGUUUUGCCUACGGAUCCGGCGUCUUCCCCCAGGAAAAGGCCGGCCGUAGCAUUAGCGAAGCCGAAUUCCGCGCUGUCCAUCCCAAGCCCCCCGAAGCGCUGGUCAAGGCCCAAAAGGGAUCGCCCAAGAUGAUUGACUUCAUCUUCGGCGUCACGCACACAGAGCACUGGCAUUCCAUCAACAUGAAGCAGCAUCGGGAUCAUUACUCGGGCAUCGCCUCGCUCGGCUCGGGCUUCGUCUCAAGGGUCCAGAACUGGGGCGCCGGUGUUUACUUCAACCCCUACAUCGAGAUGAACGGCAUGCUUAUCAAGUACGGGGUUACAAGCAUCGACAACCUGGUUAAGGACCUGUCGACUUGGGAGAACCUCUACUUAGCAGGGCGCCUGCAGAAGCCGGUCAAGAUUCUGCGAGACCAUCCGCGAGUCCGCCUGGCAAAUCAGAUUAAUCUCAUUGCUGCCGUGCGAACAGCCCUUCUUCUGCUGCCGCCCGACUUCAGAGAGGCCGAUUUGUACAACACCAUUGCCGGCCUCAGCUACCUCGGCGAUCCGCGAAUGGCACUCCCCACAGAAAAUAAGAGCAAGGUCGACAACAUUGUCUCCAACAACAUGGUUCACUUCCGACGACUCUAUGCCCCGCUCAUCCGAACUCUUCCCAACGUGGCCUUUGUUGAUCCGGUCCGGCUGGACGACGAGAACUGGAUCCUGAACCCGGACGCCAACGCCAGGCUGCAGCAGGACAUGGACCUGGUGAAGCGAGGCAACAUGGUUAGGCGCCUGCCCGGCAGCUUCAGGUCCCGGCUCUACUUCCAGUACCGCAAGAAGUUUGGCAUCCCCCAAGACGAGUUCAAGGCCAUGAUGGCGGCGACCUCUGACCAAGACGGGGCCGUCAAGCGCCGGCAGGCGGGCGAGUUUGAGAAGCGGAUCGCCGCAGACGAUCCCGAGGAGCUUCGGCGGAUCACCCGGCAGGUCAUCAAGCAGACGGUCAACUGGCCGAGCACCGUGCAGAGCAUCAAGGGACUGAUGAUGGGCGGCUUCAAGAGGUCGUGGCGGUACCUGGGCGAAAAGAUGGCCAAGUGGAAGAAGGGCAGGGCCGAGAAGGCUUCUGGAAGCAAACAGGAGCCGUCAAAGAAGGCUCUAGAUGCUGAAAAGGCGUCGAAGAAGGAAGAGUAA